ACUAGACCGAGCUGCAUCCUCAUGAAUUACAGGGACUACUGGAGUUAGCCUGAUUGCAUUAUCUCUGCUGGUCAGCUUUCCGUUGUUUCACACUUAAAUAAAACUCUUUGAAGGUGAUAGCGACAACGCCACCAAUGACCCGUAGCCUGGAGGAGCUGGUCAGUCAAACCAGUAGCCCUGAAAGUGGGACCCACCUGUCCAACGUGAGUGGCUUCUCACUGGGAGAGGCAAUCGUCCAGAGAGCAAAGCAGGGAAACGAGUCAGGGCCUCAGCUGCAGGCAACAACAGAUAUUGGAGGGAUGACUUCAGCAUCUGUGUCUCGGCUGCCACUGGCUGAUGCAGAGCGCCAGCCAAAAUUUGAGGAGUUCCCCACCAUGGAGGAAGGGAUGAUCAGUGUUACUGAAGAAUCGAUGAGUACACAGGGGGUCUUUGGAGAACACCGACCCAGACAAAUGCUUGAGCUUCAGGGAAGUGGAUUGUCUCCUGCACUCCCACUCUUAGCUUCCUACUCCAUGCAGAAUCAGGAGGAAGAACUUUCCAGCAUGUUCUUUCAUCGCUCUCCAAUGGAGUUUGCCCCUCUCAGGGGGACCCCUGACCUGUCUGGAGUAUCGUGCGAAGGAUACGCGAGAGCCUUCCAGCAGGCGGUCAUCUCUGAGGCUUCCUCAAACUGCGUGAGGGGCAGCCUCUCCCUGUCGCAGCACCCACUUGGGGAUAUCAACAGCACCUGCUCCCUGUCGCAGCACUCCCUGACGCCUCCCAGCCCAAGGUGGUCACAGGCCACAGAGGACGAGGACUUCGCUCGAGCAGAGAAAUUCAUCCGUGACCAGCGCUUCAUGGAGCUUCCCAGUGUGUCGCCAUGCGUCAGGAGUGAUGGAUCCCACCCCCAGACUGGCGGAGUGCCUUUUCCUGGACAGGCAUUGCCUCUGGGCAGGGAGCUGUCCAGUCCACGACUACUGGAGGAGGAGAUUGGAUUGCCCAGCAGCCCUGGCUUGACAUCCAGCUCCGGCAGUGUGACUGAAACGAAUCGGCCCCUCGGUGAUAACCAGAGGAGCAGCUUGCUCGGGGCAGGGGGUGCAGGUGGCAUUGCGGACCCUGGGAAGCAAUGGGAGCCGAGUGCCUCCGGCAAGCCUGCUGCCAGCCCCAGGAGAGCUCCGGUUUCUCCGCAAUCAUCCGACCCUGAGCUCGUCGUGCCGCACGAGCAGCCUGCCCUGUCUGACCCAGGGAUCACCUUUCCCGAGCCUCUUGGAGUUGGGAGUAUGAGUUUGUUGGACCCAGCGAGACCAGAGUUUUCUGACGCUGUGGUCCAGUUGCAGGAGCAGCAAGCGAGUGCUACCCGUCAAACAUCUCACUCUAAAGUAAGCUUGGAAUGUCAAAGACCAUCCUCUCGCAGUUUGUCUGCUACUUCCAAGAAUGGUGUCAGCUCGGGAGCCAACAUCGAGUCUGCCAGCUCGUUCUGUGGGAAGGACGAUACCAUCAUCGAGGUCUUGCCCAUCAGGAGUGGGGACAGGAAGGGCAAUGGGAUGGGACUAUCUGGCUGUAGCACAGAGCAGGAGCAAAAAGACAGUGAGCUUUCUCCCACUGUGUGUCCACCAAGCUUCACCGAUUCCUCGCUCCUCACUUCUUUAGCCAGUCCCGUUUGUCAGUCUACACCAGCCGUCGCCUUGAGUGUACCACCAGCCAAGGGCCCUGCUCAGUUGGGUCAGGGAAGGCGAGUGGCAAAUCGCCUCAUUGAAAGCCAGGCUCCUCUGGCUGGCACCUCCAAGUUCUCGCUGGCACCCUCGUUCGGAAAGCAGGGUUUGAGCAGCACCAGUCAGAACGCCACAGCCUCCAACAGCCAGGCCUCUCCGGGCACCCUGCAGUCCAUGCCUCCCCUGAGCUACAUGGAGAAAGUUGGGGCCUGGGACCUGCACCAUGGCCCAGGUAAUAAGCCCAGCUUUGACAGCCUGGUCUUACACGGCCUGAGAGGAGUUUCACCCCGACAGCGGGCACACAGCGCCAUCGCCGACUCUCUCAAUCACAUCCUGUCACGGAUUAGCGAGACUCCGACGUCCAGCUCUCUGCCAAGGAGAAGUAUUGCAGCGACCUCCGGAACUGCUGGCCGGCCGGCUGACCACCAGCAAUCCGCCCAGGGCGAUGGCCAGCUGUCAGAUGCUGCCACCCGAGAUGCUCCAAGGAGUGGCUCUCAGCCGGAUGCUAGGAGAGGAAGCUUGCAUGAUGCCUCUCUCUACAAACCUGACUCACCUCGUUCCUGCCUGAACCAGGACAGAGGUCGUGGCAUUCGCUCACCGGAGUCCGCCAGUGCCCUGGGCAAGUGCCUUUCGUCCUGGCACAGUGGAGCCGGCCGGUUGAUGCAGGAGGACCCUCCGGCUCCCGACCCGACUGACCGGAGGGAGAACAUUGAUUCCGAGCAGAUCGCCAGAGGGUCUGAACCUCAUGCCAUCUUGCCUGGUCCAUGCCCUACGAGUACCACCGUCCACCCUGACCGAUUCUAUGUUGCCUCUCCAGUGGAUGAACUCAACCCACCGGGCAGCUCUCAGGACACCAGCCGGGUGGGUGAACAGACGCUGACUGUGUCAGGUCACUCACUGACCAGCCUGGAGGUGGACAACUAUGUUCCCAUCUGGACACCAUCACGGCUUACCCCAGAUCCCAACCACUUCAAUGUAGAAGACAGAAUACCGAUCUACCUUCGGAACCUGGGGAUUAACCAGUCUCCCAGGAGCAUACUGGGGUCAAAAGGACCAUCGGGACAGCUGGAUUUUACCCCAAUGGAGUUGAAAAGACUGGGAGACACAGUUGCUAGAACAAGCCCAGGAUUUCAAGGUGCAGAAGAGCUCUCUUCGUUGGAUCAUGUUUCAAGAUGCAGCUUCAGUUCUGAUACUCUGACCCACAGCACGUCCAUUCCCAGUGGUUGUGACAGAGGCCAGGACGCCCUGAUUCAUUCCCAGCUGGCUGCGGGGAUGGCCACAGUUCCAGCUGUCAGCCAGUGCGGCACUGCGUAUCCUUCUGCCACCAGACAGCUAGACUUCUCCGACCAGCUCCCAGCCCACAGGCAGCCAGCCCCGAAGGACUCGCCUGAGGGGGGAGAAAAGCCAGUCCUUCCACUGCUGAAUGUGGCAUCGGGCCUGAACUCCAAGUCUCUGUCCAGGACGGUUGGACAGUCUUUGCACGGUUUGGGAAGUGCCGCCGAUGUGGUUGUCCAUGAGCCCAUGCCUCUCUGCUCCUCCCCAGGUAGCAAGCGAAUGCCUGCUGCACCUCCUGCAGCCGGUCUCCAACUGACUGGAGAGGGGGUGGAGGCAUUCUCGCCUGGCACCCAGAGCUGUGGCCGUUCUCACCUCCACCGUGAUGAUUGUCCCUGGCAUGAGGAUGAACUCAUUGGUCUGAAGACUCUGAGUGAGAUCCGUAAGCUGUUAGGUGAAACAGGAACUCCUCUGACCAACCGGCAGGGCUCCGUCGCCACAGACUUUAUACCGGAGAAGCUCGGCCCCAGUAAGGAUGAGGCAGUGACCCCGGCGAAUGUGGAAGAGUUCCUAUCUCGGUGGACAGUCACAAGCCCACAGUCCAACAGCCUAUUCGGAGAGGGUCCAGGGACAGGAGAGGACCUAGGCCAUAGGACACCUCCCACCAUCGGGAAUACCAGCUGCAUUGCGCGCUCACUCCCAGGGGAGGGGGAGCGGCAGUGGCAAGAGCCCCUCGAGAGACAAGCGUCAACUGCAAGUGGAGAAAGGGCAACGCAAACGGCCUUCGUUGCCCGUGUGGACAGAGCCGAACCUGAGGGGUGCAGCGGGGCCACCGCUGGCAGGCCAGCCACAGCGGAGCCAGCAGAGUUUUCCAGAACCACCUCCAAGACCGUCAAACUGACUGCCUCCAAACCACUAGCAACCCCAUCUGUUCCCCAAUUUGCCAGCCAGCCUGUGAGGGCCCAUGCGCUCAGUGUCAACAACAGCAGCAGAGAUGGAGGGCUUGAUGAAGACAGCAGCACUGACUCGCUGGCUGCAAGAGUAUCCAACCUGCUCCGAGACCAGAGCACUGCAACACGGGAAAGUAUUUCCACCUGGGCAGCAGACAAAGUGAAACACAGAACACAUGAUGAGGAACAGAUAAAGCUGUUAAUGCAGCCUCCUGACCCACUCACAAUCCUGGAUGAAGAGGACAGGAGGAAGAUUGAAGAAAUCAAAGCAGAAUUACUUCAAACAUCCAAAAAUUUCAUCCACCCUCAGGAUGACUGCUCGCUGAAUGCUGAGGAUAUAUCACUGCCGUCAGAUCUUGCUUCGUCAGUAGACACCGCCUCAGAGAUUGAGCUGCCCACCAUCCCAUCUGCAGCACUCCAAUCUGUCAACGCAGCGCGAUCCCAGCUCUCUAACCAGCUCCAGAAGCUCCCUGACGAUCCGUUUGACACCGCCGUGCAGCUGCGGACCCCCCUGCGCGGGGACAUGGGCGAGCAGCUGAAAGCCAUGGAUCGGGACUCCCCCGUGAGUGACUGCAUCCAGUACCCCCCAUCACAGCCUGUGAAGCCCGUCGUCGCCAUCACCUUCUCCUCACGCAGGAAGCCCCCUUCCCCCGGUCCUCAGGUCAGCGCUCCGCUCCCCGAGGGGAUAUCCGGUGGACAGCGGGGGGCCAGUGAGGACUCUCCCACCUCUGCCAGGGCAGUGAGAGAUGAGCUGGCCCAGCCGCCGAGCCCCACGUUCCGCGAGACGCGGCAGCGGCGCCCGCAAAGUGGCCCAGAGCAGAGGGAGCAGCUCGCCGGCGGGAGCAGCGUUCCCAGGCAGGCGCUGGCAGAUACGGGUGAACCACCCUGUCCUGGCACCCCCACAGAACAGAAGCCCCACUCCAGCCCUCCAGAUCCCCGCGGUUCCUCUUCCUCCAGGACUGUCCUUUCACGCAUCCGGGUAACCCUUUCCCCCAUGCGGCCAGCUGGCCCCGGAGCUCUUCCCAAUAACACCCCCACCUCGUCCGGGGGACCCCUCCUCGGUGCUGAAGAGAGACACAGGUCAGGAGAAGGACCGCAACCAGCUCCUCCCCCAACCCACCACGAUUCUCUGGACAUGCCCUGUCCUGUUGCCUGUCAGCCCGCUGGCCGUGGGCCGCCAUACCCACCCCUUCCCAUGCCCAUUCCGGCCUUUUACCCCACCUUCCUGCCCUUGUUCGACUACCCCUCUGAAGUCAAGCUGGAACCGAGGAUUCCAACUGCACAGGACGGAAGUAAGGUGGACGUAUCCACUCAGACAAUCAUACCACCCUCAUCGGACUCACCCGUUGCCACUGCCGUUACAGUGGAGCAGGAGGUGUUGGCGCAAACCAGGAGAACUCAGCCAGAUGUGGCAUUGAGGACAACUGUCAACAGCACAGCCACCUCCAGCCACACACAGGGCACACAGGGAACAGAUGUCCCUGUGAUGUUGCCGUACAAGCCUGCAGGUAGCUCCAAACUCUUCUACAUGCCAAAAUCAGGGACAAGGAACAGGAUUGGCCAGUUGGAUCCCGAGAGUAGCAGCGAGAGCUUGAGAGCAGAUUCACAGGAGGCACCUCCCGCUGGGAUCCCGGCAGAGGCCCUGGGAGCCAGGGGCCACGUUCCAUCGAGCACACAAACCAAACACAGAGGGAGGGCAAAGCACAGCAGAGCAGCAGCCUCGAAGAAGCCCAGGGAGAAGGAGGACAUGAGAUUGUUCGAAAGCGGUAUCCGAUGUCAUCAGAGCUCCCUCACCCCUGGUGCAGGGACUUUUCCUGAGAAAAUGCCGCUGCGGGAUGUCAGUGACAGCGACUUUUCCACCAGCGAUCCCGUCCAGCGCAACAUCAGGAGUCCGAGCGACUCCCAGGACAGGCGCCCCCCGCUUUACCCCAAAGCAAGGCAGCGAGCCGGCGAGCGAGAGCCAAGUAGCAGGGGCUCUCAAUCUUACCCAACUACGCGACAGGCCAGCUCUGCCAGAGUUGGCUGCAGGAACGCAGCCUGGCCCCACACCACAGGAGAGGCUCAGAGGUACUGGGAGGAGGAGGAGGAGGGGGGACAUCAUGCCCUGUCGUACUUGGAAUGGACAAAGGCAGCUGCCGGAAAGCCCCGACAUGGCAGAUCUGGAGGUCAGCCUACCCCCAUCAGUCGCUACACUGAACUGGCUGUGAGUGCAGUCUCCCCAACAGAGCAGAGCAGUGGCCUGCCAAGAGCUGGAGGGACAGAGAGAUACAGCAGCCUGGAUGAGCUGUGGCAGAGAUUUAAAGAGAGGCAGAAGAAGCACAAGAGGCUGGGUUCGAGCAGUGCCAGUGAGCUUUCCCUGCUGGAACGUUUGGACGAGCUGGCCCGCCUUCUCAGAAACCCGGUACACCACCCACUCCUCUCCGCUGAGGGGAGGGAUCGGCAGCACAGGGCAGCGCAGAGAGAGAGGAGACGCAGAGCUUGGGAGGACCCAGCGCUGGCGCGUCCGUCUUCCCCUCCUCCAGGUUCCCUGGCCACCACAAAGAGCGAGAGCGCCGACUCCCUGGAGGAAAUCUCCACCGAGCGAAUCAAGAAGAUCCUAGACCACCAGCGGUACGCGGGCACGCAGAACAGCAGUUCGGCUGGGCCACCCACCACCGAGUCAGACACCACCACUCUGGCCGAGACAGACGCGCAGACGCAGACUGAGACGGGGAGCACCAUAUCCACCAUCGACACGGAGCGCUUGGUCAGGGCUUUCGGGCCGGAGCGUGUCACUGUGCAGCCUCUCUCCCGCUUAUACGGCACCAUUGAGAAACAGAAAGAGAGCUCGGUUCACAGGAGGGAGAGGCCACGGAGGGCAGAAACCAGAUGUCCAAGUGCUGCCAGUGACCAGCAGAUCUCUGGAGCACAAAGCUUCACCGUACCCAUAACCACGUCCGACUCUGCGUCCACUCAAAGCCCCUCUGUCCGUCCACCACACGGCCCCUCCAGCAAACUCAUCAACAAGAGGUGCACCAGGCUGGUCAACCAGGGGGUGCAGACAGAAUCUCUGCCGAUUGUCACGAGUGCUAAGGGGAGACGGACUCGCGAUGUGGGCGUGACCUUCCCUUCGCCAGAUUCAGAGCCAACCCUGCAUCUACCAGCUGUCCUGGGCAGUCACCGUCAGCACUCGGCCUCUCCCGCCGGCUGCAGCUCCGCCAGAGCCAAGGACAGGAAGAGGAAGGGCAGCUCACACACAGAGAGGGCUCCUGGGAAAGACGGCAGGACAUCAGCUGGGCCAGCCUGGUUCAUUCCUGCCACUGAGCUGAAAUGGGCCUUGAGGAAGGAGAAUGAUCCAGGGACCUGCCGCAGUCACACUUCAGGCAAUUUUGAAUUGUUACCAUCAACCACCUUGUGCAGAGAACCACUGCGAGAGAAACAACUACAACAGCAAUGGAUCAGCAAUAGUGCGAGAGCCUGGGGCCAGGAACCUGCACAGGGUGACGCUCUUCUGAAGAAUCCUUCCCCCUUAAUACGCAUCACCUUGAAAGAAGCCUUACACAUGAACAGACCGGAUUUCAUCUCCCAUUCCCGGCAACGGGUGAAGCGCCUGGAGUUACUGAUGGAAGAGAGGAAGAUACAGAGCAUCCUGCAGAGCGAGAGAGAGAGACUUUUCAACCAGCCCCAGGAGAGAGGCCCCAGGGAUAGGAAUGGCCAUCAGCUCGCCGAAGCUAUUUUAUUCAAGAGGAGAAUCCCAAAGAGGGAAAUGUUUGACAGGUCCAAGCGCCUCUAUGAGCAGCUCCCAGAGGUGACCAGGAAACGAGAUGAGGACAGACGAAGGGCAGAGUAUCAGACUAACAGGCUGAAAGCUCAGCUGUAUAAACAGAAGAUCACCAGCCGUGUGUUAGGGAAGAAGGUUUCCUGGCAGUGACCUGGCCAGCGUGUCUGUCAGAGCUCAGUCCUGGAACGCUCACCCUUACUGUCAAAUCACCUAUCGUGUAAAUAAAGAUUUAUUUAAAUAAAAA